GGGAACCCAGCGGUGGUGGCCAGUACCGGCAGCCUCCGGCACCUCUCAGGGAGUCUCGGACGUGAGGCCUGAGGCCCCACUCCCCGCGGGUGCGUAACGCCAACCCUGGCGCCUGGUUCGCCCUCUCCGGCCAGUGGGUCGGAGCCGGCCCAAUCUCCAGGGCCGAAGCGGAGACUUAACCGGCCGGAUGCGUGCCGGGGGCCGCGGGACCGGUGCUGGCCGUGGAAGAGCCAGUGAUUGUCCCGCCCGCGCCCGCGCAGCCCAGAUGCCCGUCCAGCCUCCAAGCAAAGACACAGAGGAGAUGGAAGCAGAGGGCGACUCAGCCGCCGAGAUGAAUGUGGAGGAGGAAGAGAGCGAGGAGGAACGGAGCGGCAGCCAGACCGAGUCCGAGGAGGAGAGCUCAGAGAUGGACGAUGAGGGCUAUGAGCGCCGCCGCAGCGAGUGCGUCAGUGAAAUGCUGGACCUGGAGAAGCAGUUCUCGGAGCUGAAGGAGAAGUUGUUCAGGGAACGGCUGAGUCAGCUGCGGGUGCGGCUGGAGGAGGUGGGAGCUGAGAGGGCGCCCGAAUACACAGAGCCUCUCGGCGGGCUGCAGCAGAGCCUCAAGAUCCGCAUUCAGGUGGCAGGGAUUUACAAGGGCUUCUGUCUGGACGUGAUCAGGAACAAGUACGAGUGUGAGCUGCAGGGAGCCAAGCAGCACCUGGAGAGUGAGAAGCUGCUGCUCUACGACACCCUGCAGGGGGAGCUGCAGGAGCGGAUCCAGAGGCUGCAGGAGGACCGCCAGAGCCUGGACAUCAGCUCUGAGUGGUGGGAUGACAAACUGCACGCCAGAGGCAGCUCGAAGACCUGGGGCUCCGUGCCGCCCAGCAAGAGGAAGAAGGCCCCUCUUGUUUCCGGCCCUUACAUCGUGUACAUGCUGCAGGAGAUCGACAUCCUGGAGGACUGGACAGCCAUCAAAAAGGCAAGAGCAGCCGUGUCCCCUCAGAAGAGAAAACCAGAUGGACCUUGACCCUGCUGUUCACAGCCAGGGGGCCCUUGGAGCAGCUGGCAGCAAACCCAGCAUUUGAACUUACCUGCUGCAGAAAGGCAGACUGACAGGCCCCUCAGCAUCUGCCCAGCCAGCCCUCCAGUGCUGCCGUGGCCCUCCCCUCCAGCCGCCACUGGUCUGGACUCCUCCUCUGCCCCUCCUCGGGGCCCUGUUCAACUGUGGCCUGGAGCUCCCUUAGCCAGGCAACACUGUCUCCUCCAUCCCCGGCCAGCCCACCACCUGCCCCCACCGAAGGUCAGCCUUCACGGUGCCCUUCCUGAUGAAGAUGUGUCUCAUCUUAAGCCAAAGCAACAUCCUUUCUGCUGACUUGGACCCGGCUCCCUAGUCACCAAGCCAGUGAGCUGGGUCCCACUUCACGGGAACUCUGGGCCAGAAAUGAUAUUUGGGGGACCUUUGUGUCCUGGCUGUUGCUGGAGGUGAGAAGGCAGGCUCCCCAGGUCUUCCUUCUCAAGGCGGUUCCUGGUGUCCGCCUCCCAGAUUUCAGGGGCUGGAAUUAAAACCUUUUCUGGGACUCUG